GUCGAGUUGUUGCGCUUAGUUGCGCUUGAACGUGCCGAACCUCUGAAUCCCAUUGUAUCGUGCUCCGCUGUAGGAGCUAAGUUUCCAGUCAGAUGUUCAAUACAUACUUAUAAUCCCCAGGCGGUACUAUAUCCUUUUGCGCAGGCUUCUUUUUCAUAGCCAAAUUGGGUGUUUCUCCUUAAGCGCACAACGUUGGCGACGUACAGCGGCUUCCCACCGCCAUUACCCAGGACUGAAAGGUAAUUAUUCAACUUUUGAGCUUGUUACAGCUGUAUUUAUCAAGGGUCUGCUUUCUUUUGUCUCAUUCGCAGAGGCUGAUUUUGCUCUAGUCUUAAGUUGUCAGUACUUGCGGUUUUGCCGCCCAAAUCAGGAGUGCCGGUGCGCUCGCCUCUGUCGAGUCGGACCUGUGCCAUCUUUGCGACACACUCGACUGCCAUGUCGUCUAGACCUCGUUCACAGUCACCCAAAAGACAAGGUGAAGGUGCUAUACCACCGUAUACCAUGGCGGACGUCGACGGGAUCAAAGAUGUCGUCAAAUUGUUCGAUGGUGGUAGCGUAGAGGGCGAACCUAUCGAUCUCCGAGACAAGGUUGCAGACAAGCUAGAAGAGGGAUAUUUGAAGAUGGAGGAGGAUACAGACACUGUCAUGGGUGAUAUUACACCGCCGUCAGGUAGUCCUGCAAGUGACGGGAAGGAGGGUUUUUCAGAUGAAGGGCUGGAGAGUUCCCGGAAGAGCAGCACACCACCAGUUUCAACGAAAACGAAGAAAAAGUCAGAACCGCAGCUCAUCGGAGACCUUCCUCGUGCUGAGGAAGGUGCCUUGAGUACGUUUGUUGAGAUUCCCGAGAAUCACUAUCAGUACAAUACGUUGGGACGGUCGAGAGAUGCUCAGGAUAUCAUGACGUGUGACUGCCAGUACGAGCACGGUGUAGAUGACCCUAUUGAUGCCUGCGGGGAUGACUGUAUCAACCGACUGACUCAGGUCGAGUGUCUUCCUGAUGACUGUCGUUGUCGCCAUCACUGCCAGAACCAACGAUUUCAGAACAAGCAGUAUGCUCCGAUCGAAAUCGUCCAGACGGAAAAGAAGGGAUUUGGUUUGCGUGCUGGUGCGGACUUACCGAGAGACACCUUCAUCUACGAAUACGUGGGUGAUGUUGUCAGUCAACCUUCCUUCCUCAAACGCAUGCGGCAGUAUGCGGAGGAAGGGAUUCGACAUUUUUACUUCAUGAUGUUGCAGAAGGAUGAGUUCAUUGACGCCACAAAGCGCGGCGGCAUUGGUAGGUUCGCCAAUCACAGCUGCAACCCGAACUGCUAUGUGGCAAGGUGGACUGUCGGUGCCCGCGUGCGAAUGGGUAUCUUUGCCAGUCGGCGUAUCAAAAAGGAUGAGGAGCUAACGUUCAAUUACAAUGUCGAUCGAUAUGGCCACGAUGCGCAACCGUGCUAUUGCGGUGAACCAAAUUGCGUGGGCUUUAUUGGAGGCAAGACGCAGACCGACAUUGCGGCGAUGGACGACCUCUUCCUCGAUGCGCUUGGUAUAUCUGACGAAGUUGAGCAAUUGGGUCUCAAAGGCUCCAAGAAGAAGAAGGGCAGGCGCCUUGACGAGGACUACAUGCCUACUCUUAAACCGCUUAUUGAGAGAGACGCACCAAAGAUUGUUCAGGCCAUGCGUCAGACACAGAGCCGCAAGGUUCUAUUCAAGCUUCUCACUCGCGUCAAGAUGACAGAAGAUCAGUCUCCGCUGCGGCAGAUCAUGCGUUUGCGUGGCUUCAAUGUCAUGAAAAACAUUCUGGAUGACUACGUGCAAGAUGUUGAAAUGAUCACUCUGGCUCUUGAGUGCAUGAUGAAUUGGCCAUUGAUACAGCGGAAUAAAGUUGAAGACUGCAAGAUCACUGAGAACGUGACUCAGUUAUGUCAGUCUGAAAUCGAGGCGCUGGCGAGUUUGGCUCAGAAGCUAUCUGGGCAAUGGGAUCAAUUAGAGUACGCCUACCGUAUACCCAAGAGGAUGAAGGGUGAGAACGAGGAUGAGAUACCUUUCGAUCCUAAGCUCGUAUUAUACCGAGAAGAAGAAGAUGCCCGACCCAUGAAGCGCAACCGACGAUCAGAGUCGCCCCACCCGAAGCUCGACAUCAAACCGUUGGGCUUUCGGGCGUUCCACGCUCCAGCUCGUGAUAACAAUGCAGGAUGGUCUGAACGUCAAACUCAAAUGCAGAAAUCGACUAUACCAAGCAAAGACGCCAUCGCUGCUGUUAUUGCUGCCGCUGCUGCGGCACAAGAAGCUGCAGCACUACAGGCUGCCCAUGAUGCUGCCCAGGCGGAGUUGGAGAGACAGUCGAAGGAGGCUCGGAAGAUGGCAGCCAAGAAGAAAGCUUCGGUGAAUAAGGAAGCGAGAGAGGAACGGAGACAACUGAAGGAGAAGAGGUUACUCAAGCUCGUUGGCGCGAUUGUGGUCAAAAGCAUGUCGAAGUACCAGAAGCAAAUGGACCACGAUACUUUCAAGAAGCAUGCUAAAGAGCUGACACAACUCAUCGCGGAGAAAGAAAAGAAAUCUUCCAGUUACAAAGAAAGCAAGCUCGACGGGCUCUCUGACGAGAAAACGGCGAAGAUUAAGAAGUUUGCAAAGGAGUAUAUCGUCAAGGUCUUACGCAAGAUGGAGAAGAAGCGUCGGGAAUCCUCAAGUGGCAAGAACGGCGAGUCGUCUUCGAUGACGACUUCUACACCGGAUGAUCUUCCUGGCGAGGACCUUCAUGGAGAUAACAGCCUUCCCGACAUUUCCUUAGAAGAUGUCAUGGACAUCGACGGUGGCGAUUAUAAUGGGCAAACAUACAAUGAAGAGCCUUCUCCUGAAGAGCCCUCACCUGAGGGGCAGGAGGAUAGUCAUUCCUCAGUGUCUAGCCGUGACCCAAUUCGCUUCAAGCUACGGACAACUAUCGAUCCUCGACGACAUCGUUCCUCCGAUUCAGACCAUGACUGGGCAGGUACUUCCUCUCGAAUAGCAGUGGGCCUUGAGUAGUAUUAUACCUUAACAGUGUUUCCCUAGCUGUAUAACCUCCUAAUGUCCAUCUUUAGUGUUCUUGACAGUCUCAAUCAAGCGUAGUAUAAAUGAUUGGCGUGGCUGAACAGAAUGUGUGUAUAUGCGCAAGAGAAGAACCAUUAACUACACAUCUAUGCGGCC